UACAACAUCCCAUGGAAUAAAAAGGAAGAACGAGGGCUGAGAGAAUUAAACCUUCUCAUUUCACAUUUCCUUUUCAUUUUGUUUGUAAAAUUGCAAUCCAUUUUUGCUUUUCUAGUCUUCGGUUCAUUUCGGCUUUCAACCUUUGGAACUCUGGAGCAAUCCCUUGAACUUUUGGGCACGUGCAAAUAUAUAUACAGUUUGAUACAAUGACGGAAUGGUCUGCAACAUCUGCUACAAAAGCUUAUCUUGAUACUCUCAAGCUGUGUAACAAUCGCAAGAGACAAUGCGAUCCAUGGAAGACAAAUGAACUUGGGAGCAGUGAAUUUGUAUCAGCCUUAGCAGCAGGCACAAGAUCUAAGCUCAUAGUAGAGGUGACAUCUGGUGUUUCCCCAUCAACAAUAGCGUUAGCAGCAGCCGCAAGGCAAACUGGUGGAAGACUGGUGUGUAUUCUUCCAGAACCAGAACUUGCUGAGUCGAAAAAAACAAUUAAAGACUUGGGUCUCAAGGACUUGGUGGAAUUCAGAACUGGAGAUCCCUCAGAAAUAUUGCACAGCUACAAGAAAAUCGAUUUCUCUCUUGUUGAUUGUAAGAACGAUGAUUAUACCAGUUUGCUAAAGUUGCUAGAUGUUAAUCCUAAAAGGUCAGUGGUAGUGGCAAACAACUUGGUGGGAAAGAAAAAAGGGUUUUCAAGCCACUUAAGAGGAAGCAUGAAGGAGAAGGUUGAAGUGAGAUCUCUGAAGCAUCCCAUAGGAAAAGGCAUGGAGGUUACAAUGAUAGGUGGAAAGGAGGAGAUUGAUAAGAGGGGUUGGGGUGGAGGUGGUCGUUCUGCAGUGGGGUUACGGCGGGCUGGUACCAUGAAGGGGACUGGAAAUAGCAAAUGGGUGGUAAAGGUUGAUAAGGAAAGUGGUGAGGAACAUAUCUUCAGGGUGCCUAAUUCAUUUUAAAAGACUUUGUUUUGCAGCAAGUUAAAUAUUGUGCGCGCUACAAAGAUUUUGCUGGAAAUUAUGAAUCUUUGCUGUGUCAUGCAUCCUCACGAAAGUACUGAGAAGCUUCUUAUACGUACAGAAUGGAGGCACCAACUUGCAUUGUUAUAGUAAUUAAUCUCAUUCUUCAUCCACAUUGUCAUGCAGUGGCCCGAUAAUCAGAUAAAUGACUCAGAAAGCAGUGCCUUUGGUAUGCUUUCUAUAAAGGGAUGGAAAUGCUAUAUCUAGGAAAGGGAUUUAGAAAAAAAAAUUACUUUAUAAACUCACGUAGUUUUAUGUGGUCAUUAAAUUGUGAAGGACUUAUUAUUAUACAUAAAGCAGACCUACCAUACCACGUUAAAACACGUUAGUUUGUAAAAUAGUUUUUUCUUUUUCAACUCUCUUUGUAAACCAGUGCGGGCCUCUGCAUUUGGUGACAGUGCGCAUGGAUCGUCGUUGGCUAGAACAUGAUCGAUGGAGGCUUGACAAAAAUUGACCAAGUCCCAGUUCGUCACGUGAUCUGCCACCUCAUCGGAUGAUCUUGAGUACGUAGCACCAGAUUGGUAUUGCAAGUUUGCAACCACAAGCAUCGAUGCAUCAUGUAACUCGCAUGAAAAGUUAUAAAUAGUUACUAUUUAUACGUACCAUGGGAGUAAUUUAAACAGUAUACAUUGUAUCUGGUAUGAAAAAGUUAUAAAUAUUUAAUAUAUAUUUCAAUUAGUAUUUUAGGGAUAAUAAGGAUAUAUA